CCCCCUCCCUUCCACCCACUGCUCGAAACGCACCUCAUCCCCAACAGCACCUCUUCUGUGCAGCAUCUCCACGUCUUCCUCUCCAUCUAGUACCCAACUCCGGCUCGCCCCAUCGAGAUGCGUCUCUUCACCGCCCUCAUCUCCUCCGCUGUGGCGGUCCUUUCCGCCUCGGCGGUCAGCCUGCCACAGGCCUCGUCCUCCGGAGUGAGCCUCGAGCAACGCCAAGACGGAGCGGCCGGCUACCUGGCAAUCACCUUCUUGGGCAACCAGGAGCAGAUCUUCGGCCACGUCGCUAAGGCCGGCUCAGAGUCGACGUUCACCGACUUGAACGGGGGAAAGCCCAUCCUUGUUCCGACCCAGGGGACCAAGGGCGUCCGCGACCCGUACUUGGUCAGCGGCCCGAACAAGGACCGCUUCUGGAUCAUAGGCACUGACCUCAACAUCGGGGCCAUCAACAACGACUGGAACCGCUCGCAGCGCAACGGCUCGCUUUCGAUCCAUGUCUGGGAGUCGACCGACCUGGUCAAUUGGUCCUCCGACCGUCUGGUGCAAGUCAUGCCGAAUAGCUUCAACGCCGGCAUGGUUUGGGCGCCUUCGGCCAUGUGGGACGCAAGCGCAAACUCGUACGCUGUCUUUUGGGCGAGCAAAACGUACGCGUCCAGCGACACGCAGCGCACUGGCGCCAGUUCGAACACCAAGAUCUACUACUCGCGAACCUCGGACUUCAGCUCUUUCUCCACGCCGCAGGUCUGGGUCGCGCCGAGCUACCCGGUGAUCGACCAGGAGAUCCUCCCGCUCGGUGGCAGCAAGUAUGUGCGCUUCAUCAAGAACGAGGAGGUCAACAAGGUCUAUUCGGAACGCAGCGACAACGGCCUCUUUGGCACGUGGACGCGCAUCGACCCGAACAACUUUGUCAUCGACGCAGUCCGCGAGGGCCCCGCCACGUUCAAGGACAUCAACAAGCCUUCGCGUACCUGGCUCUGGCUCGACAACUACAGCGGAUCAGGCAGCUACGAGGCGUACUUCAACGACGACAUCACAAAGAACUCCUGGACGCUCGCUCAACCCACGCUUAAGCCCACCGGCAUGCGCCACGGCGCCGUCAUCCAGGUGUCCCAGGCCCAGCUCAGCGCCCUGCACUCCAAGUGGGGGUGAAUCUGUCAUGCACAUUCAACCAGGCCCAAGCGCCGAGCCGAAGGAAGCAGGACAGAACAGAGCCUCUAAUAUUCCCAAUCGCGAGCACAAGCGAUGCACAAGUAAAUUAUGUGUUGU